AUUAUGACCAAGGGGGUCAUAGGGCGUCCAACAGAUAGCAGAAUUCUUGCACAGAUACACACCAUAAACUCAGUUUAGUUAUAGAGAUUUUUCUUCGUGGACGUGGCUUGCUGUAAAACCCGUAAAAAAUUGCAAAUCUAUUGAAAAAACUAACCAAUUUCGAGAAUGCGAAGUCCCUCGGCAGCAGUUUCGGCAAUGCGAAGGAUUUGUCUGAUAUAAUGACUGGCAGCUUUAAGGUGCAACUCAUCAACAUGGGCACUCGCGCUGCCGCCUUUCAGGCAAAACUGAGAGCCCUUCAUGAAUACCACGUACGUCUAUUGCACAACGUCUUACCUGCGCCCUCUGGCGUCGAUAUUGCUAACAAUAUCAAAUACUUUUCUCAAACUCUACUAACUGUCCUUAAAGAUGUGCGAACCUCGCCGCACGAGCUUAUCCGCGAUCCUCUUGAAGAUCCCACUCGCAUGUCUGCCUAUCCCAAUCUCGAAUAUGGCAAUCUUUACAAUGCUCUUACUAUGCUCAUUGAUGUGGCACCUUGUAUCCAGUAUGGACAAAUCGUUUUCGGAAAAGCUCUAUUGCAGUGCCUAAGCUGCAUCCUACCCUUUCUCGACAAGGAUCUUAUUGAUAAUCUACCCUAUCUAGUAAGCUCCACUAUAUCUGUCUUACCACCAGCAUUGCAUCAGGAUAUUGUCAAUGCUCUAUGUUACUAUAUCUUACCUUUUACUAUAACCCGUCGAAGCUCCGAUGAGCAGGAAUGCCAGGCCUGCCAGUCAGUGUCCUCGGUCAUCAUGAUGGUGCUGCAGUACUCCAACAAUCCGGCUCAUCAUUGCCAGUUGCUGGAGUGUCUGAUGACUCUUAAACACAAUGUGGUUAAGGACAUCCUAUGCGUAGUGGCCUAUGGAACCGCUGUCUCCAGAACCUCCGCUGCCAAGCUGCUCUUCUACUACUGGCCAGCCUUUAACGCCAAUCUAUUUGAUCGCAAAGUCUUGCUAUCCAAACUAACCAAUGACCUAGUACCCUUCACCUGUCAGCGGGAGCAUUGCCCUAACUCGGGAAACGCAGAGGCUGCCAAGGUGUGCUAUGACCACAGCAUCAGUAUCGCCUAUGCCCCAGAUUGUCCUCCGCCACUUUACCUGUGCAUCGAGUGCGCUAAUGAGAUACAUCGAGAGCAUAGUAGCCUGGAGUUUGGGGACAUCCUGCAUCCCAUGCAGCAGGUGUCAAUGGUCUGCGAGAACAAAAACUGCCGCUCCAACGAGAAGUCAGCCUUCUCCAUCUGCUUCUCCACUGAGUGUGCCAGCUUCAAUGGCAACCACCCAAUCCGCUACUGCAGCCAGUGCCACAGCAAUAGGCACAAUUCCCGUCGUGGAGGCGACCAUGUGGUUCAUCGCAGUUUGCAGCCCGCCUGGCAGAUGGACCCGGAGAUGCAGAUGCACAUGGUUGAGUCAGUAGUGAGCCUUCUGCGGGAGGCCAAGCCAUUGAACUUUGAGCCUGGCAAGGAGUCAUCGUCGUCCGAGUCCAAGAAGAAUGGAUCCCCCUUGACAGCCGACAAUAUUUCGUUGGAAGAGCGCCAGAGGUUGGGGCGGUAUGGUAUCUGGUUGCUGGUGGGUCGCUGUACUCCCACUGCAGACACUCCUGUGGAAGUGCUAGGCAGGAUCCUUAGCAUGCUUUUCCAUUGGUUCCAUGUCACCGCCUAUUCAUAUGAUGCUGCUGGACAAGUGGAGAGCACCAUUGAGAAGCUGAAAGUGGAUCAUGUGUGCAAUUGGCUGAAGGACAUCUGCCGCAUCCACUACAACGUCUUCAUCUCCUGCCUGCUGCCCCAUCCCCCAGAGUAUGCCCGCGUUGGUGGCCACUGGGAGACCUUGGCAUCACGAACCAGUCAUUUGAAGGAAGGUCUUCAGCGACUCAUUUGCCUAGUUCCGUACGAAGUCAUCACCUCCGAGAUCUGGGACUAUGUAAUGCCCCACUGGAUGGAGGCCAUCACCAACGAUGUGGCCGAGAAGGAACUCAAUGAGCUGAAGAUUGUACUAAGCAAGAUCCUCGAUCCGGAGAUGUCUCCUCUUGGCUUUGAUGCCAAAACCAUGUACAACUUUGUGGCCAUUCGGUUUGAAAAGACAACGGCCAAGGUGCAGCAACAGGCUCUCCACUGGCUGCAGAUCCUCACCAAGCUGGAGAUCCUCAUACCCUUGGUGCAGUUAUUCGCCAUGUUUGGCGACGGAGUUCGCAUUAUGAAAUAUGGCAUCCAGCACGAGUUGAUGCGGGAAAAGGAUGCUCAGUCCCAAUCCCUGGCCAAGGCUCCCAAAACCCCAUGUAAAGAGAGCAAGGAAACCAAGGCAGAUAUGGCCAAUCCACCCAGGAGGAGCUCAAUUUCUCCUGUUGUCGAGGAUGACUCUGGCAAUACGUCUGCCAUCUCGGAUGAUGAGGCGCCUACCAAUCGUCACACGGAGUUCUCCACAGAUGCUGAGCACAAUCUUACCUGCUGCAUCCUUAUGCUGGACAUUCUUCUGAAGCAAAUGGAAUUGCAGGACGUGGAGCAGCACAUGGGCAUCCACACGAGCGUCUGCGAGAAUGUCUCCAGGCUGAUCAAGUGCAUGGUCACCGCAGCUCGUGUGGGUCUCAGCAGUCAUGUCUGCGCUUUGAAGGUGGCAGAAUGUGCCUAUUGUGAGGCUUCCAUCAUGUGGCAUCAACUAGCCACUAAGUUGGUCCAGUUCAUGGCUCCCCUGAAUCCAGUUAGGCCACCAGAUGUUCCCAUCGAGGACAUCAUUGAAGAGGAGAAAUCUUCUCGCAAAUCUCCACCCGAAUCGGAUAAAGAAAAGACCCGUGAUCGAGAUGUCUCUCUCUCAAUGGCUCCCUUACCAAUUCCAUUGGGUCCUUUAGGAGGCUUUGCAGAUAUCUUUAAGCUAGAUCAAUUCUUUUCAGACGAUGGAAAAAUUAUUAUAAUGGCAGGUCCAGUGCCAGUGGCUGUGCCCCAACCAGAACCGCACUCUGUGGGCGGAGUGCUCGUCCACAUGCCCCACGUCUGUUCCAAUAACGAAAAUGGGCAUUCAGUUGAUAGUAAUGAAUUGAGAAAAGUUCACGCCACAGACGAGAUCAUGACGGCCACGGUAGAAAAAAUAUCUCAUGCAACAUGACGGCCAAUGUCUCUUCCCCCACAAAACGCCCAAGCCCGCUCUAUAACCCUUUCCGAUGCCGACGUGGGCAGUGCCAAUGUCAGCGUGACCAAGGCCUCGGUCAUGGGUGAGAACGGUGCCAAUGGCGGAGCGGCCUGUGGUGGCGGGGAGAAUGGUAGCGGUUCCGAAGAGGACGAGGAAGAGGAGGACAGCGAUGACUUUUGGCACACCUCCGUGGGCAAAUUCAAGUUUACAUUGGACACAUUGCCCCAGCCUCUGCAAUACAUACAUCAGCUUCUGACGGAAAUACCCACCAUCAAGAAACCCGAGAUUCUUUACUACGUUUUACAAUGCCUUAACACGAUGGCCCUCCAUGGCGAUGCCCUGGCCAAGGCGGCCAGAGAGCAGCGUGGCUUCUUCAUCUGGUGCCAGGAGAAUCUUCUGAUCAAAAACUUGUGGGAGCUAUGCAACGCGGAGCACUCUCACAUCUGCCAAGUGGGCGUGCCACUGCUGCUGCACUGCAUCACGCUGCCACUGGGAUCAGAUGUCUUUUGGCGUGUGGUGCAGGAGGCUUUCCACGACACGGACUGGCGCGUCCGCUUCACGGCAGUGGAGCGAGUUACCGUGAUUACCCGCUUCAUGGACUCGACCCCCCUGCGCUCCGAGGUGGGCCUGCAGACGGCGCUGGCCACCGCCUUCUGUCACCUGAUCGCCAGCAUGGACGACAUCAAUGUGUACGUGGCGCAGCGGGCGACUCUCUACAUUGGGACAAUCCAUGACACGGCAAUUCGGUCGCUUCUCUUCUGCCUGGAGUCCCAGUUCGAUCUAUUCAUUGUGGACCGUCCAGUGGUGCUCCAGUCGGUCUACCAGCUUCAUAAUUCCCUCUCCGAUCGGAAGAUGCUUGGCUGGGAGUUCUUCCUGAAUCGCUUUGACACGCUUUUCGUGGAGGCACAGAUCAAUCUCGAGAAAUGCGGCGAUAUCUCGUAUCUGCGGGAUCUGAGGAACUCGGACAAUGGCAGUGAAGCUCUGUCGGCCAAGAUCCAGAAGGCUAGGGAGGCUCUUAGCCAGUCGGAUACCAGUGGCAGCAUGGCCAAAACUCUGAGUGCCUCCUUUGGCACCAAGUGGCCCUACAAGCGAACCAUGUCUGCUCCUGCCAGCAUGGCUCCUCGACAGGAUAGCAAGUUUGUUCCCGAGAAGGAGAAGAUCUACAGCCGCCAGGUCUCGGCGCCUAUACUCAAGCGGAAAACCUCUCGCUUCGGACUGGGUCAGUUCCUGGGCAGUAGUAGUGGGGGGGCUUCUGGCAGCAGCCAGUCGAUGAAUCCAGGAGCAACGGCAGCGGGCUCCUCGCGACCCAAGCCGCCGCCUUGUCCCAUCCACCAGCCAGCGCACACGGCCUUUCCCUAUCACACCCACCACCACCAUCCACAUGCCCACCAUCCGUACCCUCACCCCCAUCCACACCAUCAUCCGCAUCAUCAUGCCGGUAGUAGUGCACACGUAGCCACCACCGCCAGCACUUCGGCCGGUUUAGUCUCGACGCACAGUCAGAGCCAUCAGUACCUGGUGCACUGUGUGCCCCCAAGUCACCAUAGUCCGAUGCCGACGCUGCAGGAAGCGGAAACGCUACUCCGUUCCCAGGCAGCCGCCGAUGCCGCUGCGGCGAGUGGAUCAGUCGGCGGAUCUUUGGGUUAUCCUGCCCAGGAAGCAGCGGCAGUUGGAUCGGGAACAGCUGGAUGCAGCAUGGGGAAUCCGAAUCCCCAUCACUCUUUCCACUCCCACUUCCAAAAGCAUCCGUCGGCACCAAAUCUGCUGCCCCCGCAGCCGGCCAUCGUGCCGGCCCCCAGUCCCAGCCCCUCGACUCUGGCCUUCCCCCUGCACUGCACCUGCGAUGCCGCACCCCAUCCGCAUCCUCAGGUCACGGGUGCGGCGGCCACCGGCAGCUCGGCGAAUCCAGAUGGUCAUAUUCACUCUUUGGGUGGCUUGAACGAUGAUAACCUCAUUGGGUUGCUGUCGAGGAUCACGGAACUGGAGGAGUCUGAUCGGGAGACUAUUCACCUGCUGGUAUUCAUGCUUAUGCAGUUUAUGUCCCGCACAGAUCAGGCCUAUCCUUCUGAGGAGAAACCUAUGACGAAGACUCAGAAUAUUGUGCUAAAGCAUCUAUUCCUGCUGCUAGGCCACAACCAGAUUGACAAGACCUUCCAUACUACUCCGGAGUCUCUAAGGGUCUCUGCCGUGUUUAACGCUUUCUUAGCCAAUCUUCCACAAGUUCUGGACCAGAACCACUUGAUUGGUGGCCUCAUUCUGCCUUCAGUCAUGCAGAUCAUUCUCUAUGCCCCAAACCCAACCAGCACUUCUGGGGAAUCUUACCAGAACAUAGUCUUCAACUAUUCCUUGUGGCAUCUGGAACAGUAUCCACGUCGCAACUGGCUAUUCACCUUACUGGUUGUGCUUUACAAGUACUCUUAUACCCAGCCUCCUCUCAGUGGAUAUGUCAUCGCCGGCAUCCGCUUGAUCAUGAACAGUCUGCGUGGACACUUCCAUCAAUGUCGUCGUAUUCCCACCACGACUAUUUUAGAUAUUCAGGGCGUGGGCGGCGCUGCUAGAUCCCGCGAUGUUAGUCAACCCUCACUCGGCACGGAUCCGGACGACAAAGAAGCCAGUCCACCAGCCAGCCCAAUGUUUCCCUCUGAGGGAACCAGUGCCGCGUCUAAGAGUAAGGGUCAGAAUGUGGCCUUUACCCCAAAAUUACAGCACGCUUUCCGCAAAUACAACGAUUCAAGCUUGGAUGCGGAUGAAACGGAGUCGGAAUUGGUGGCUAUUCCGGAGAGUGAUCUCUCGGAUAGCACUUUACACGGAAGCAGUGCACCUGGAUCCUUUGAUGAUACCAUACAUUUCGAGGAUGUCAUGCCCCGUAACCGUCGAGCUGUGGAGUACACUGAAGAGAAGUCCACCAAAUCCCACAAGUCGAUGAUCACCACCAAAGUUGGCGAUACGUACACCACAAAAAUCAAGGCCACCACCACCAGUGAAACCCUUGUGACCACCCACACCAGGCACAGCUUGCAGGAAGGUGUUCGGAUGAUCGUCACUCCAUUGGUGGGUGCUGAAACCACAGAGACUGCUAUAGUUAGUCCGCCAGUUGAUGUCCAUCGAGCAGUGACCGUUCGCAAUAAGUCCCUGGAGAAUGCAGCCGCUUCCACCUCGAAAAUGUUUGCCGCCAUAGCCACGAAUCACCUAAAAGCUCUGGGUGCUCUGCAGGAUGUACCCACGUCCGUAGAAAGAAAAGCAGGAUCUAGUAGCGGAAGUGGCAGUCGGUCGGCCAAUGGCAAUGGAAGUGGAGGAAGUGCUCCCGCUGCCAUCCAGGGAUCAUCUUCUGUGCCUGCCAGCAAGCCAAUUGGACGCCACAAGACGAUUGUGGAGUGCAGUGCCGGAAACUCGAGCUCGUCGGCGGAUGACUCGCGUCAAAAAAAAUCCCAAACCAAAUCUCUUAAACGGACGGACAAAAACUAUGGAUCCCCAGAGUCACCACUGUCUAAGAUGAGCGUGAUGCCGAAUCCAAGGGAUGAAGUGGAUGAGGGUAUGCAGAGUCUGCCGCCACCCAAGAGCAUUGCCGCGUUGGAGAUUCCUACGCCGGAGCGUCUGCUGCCCAUUGGAACGCAGGAUACAGUGGCCACUCUCGUGGAGCGGGUGAGAGAUGGUCUUAAUCUACCAGACAUUAGUCAUCUGAAGCAGGACAGCUUGGAUGUAUCUGAAAGCACCAAGGACGAUGUGACUCCAAGCAGCCGGACAAACUCACCCCGUCGGCUUAUAAAGCAGGUGGCAUUGGAAUCACCCCCAAAUCCUAAUGCCCAACUUCCAUCACAAACUUCGGCCGAUCUACACACUUCUAUCCUGAAGAAUGUUCAGCAGGACCUUAAGCAAACUGCUGGAGCCUCUGGAGGCGGUGGACUUACCACCACCAACAGCAUCAAGCGUCCUCGCCAGAAAUUGGCUCCAUUUAAUGUGGACAGCAAUGCUAUUCCCGAUAUUCGAUCACGCUUUGCGGGCUCGUGGCCACCACCACCUUUCCAACCCGUGGAUCCCGAACCCGAUGAUGAUGACGACGUCGGAGCCGAGGCUUCCAAUGGCCAUGGAAAUCAUUCAACUGCUCAUGCUCCACGUGGGAGCUCACGUCGUGUGGGAGAUUACACCAUCGUUGAUCGUUGCUCCGACUGCGGUGCCCACAUUGAGGAGUAUACUGAUGAGGAGAUUGGAAUCUUCAUCGUGAUCUUAGGAACCUUUAUCCAUCGGGAACCAGCCAUGGCAGCACCGUUCCUGCCCGAGAUCCUUACCAUGACAUCACGUAUCUGCUUGAGCAGCACCCAUGCCUGGCAAGGCGAGAAUGGUCCACCUUUGGCCAGCAGCGCCCAGGCGGUGGCCCUACAGUUUUUCCGCUGCGUACUCCACCAAUUGGCUCCUAAUGGAAUAUUCCUGCAGGUGUUCCAAACCCAAAUGAAAAUGAAAAUCCGUCACAAUCACUUCCGUAGCAUUGCCAAGGCUUUGCAGGAUUUCCAGGAUCUAAAUGCCACCAGUCCGAUCUACAUGGUCUGCGAGUCACUGACCUCCAAAAAGGCGUUGCCCGUCGAUCAGCUGCCUGUAAUCUUCCGAAAUAUGGCCGAGUACUUGAAUCUCCAAUGCGUCCCAGCGGAGGCUGGAGUCGGUUUGGCCGUCUGGUCACAGGCAAUGCAGGCCAUGGAGUCGCUCCUUCGCCAAGUGAUCGUCAUUAUGCCCAAUCUAACCAAUGCGGAGUACAUGCUGGACAUCAUAGCGGCCACCCUUCGGCUCAACUGUGUACCAAAGACACUUCUUGAUCCAUACUCCAAGAUCAUGGCCUACUGUGUCCAACACACAAAUCUGGAAUAUCAAACGCUCUACGAACUUUGUACUCUGAAUAUUCGCUCUUUUAGCAAGGAUCGGGAUAAGAACCUUCUGUGUCGCCAGAUGAUCUUUGAGUUCGUCCAGGCCCUAAAGUUCAAGUCUAAUAUUCCUGACCACAAUCUACUCACGAUUAUUGGUUUUGUGCUGCUCGAUGCUGGUGGAACUCUGCCUCCAGGAGCUGCCCCUGGCUUGCCCGAUGCGGCACCAAUGAUGACCACCAAUUCUGCCGAUUGUUUGAGACAAUAUAUAAAUGAUGUUAUUGACUUUCUGGCUGAUUUCCAUACGCUCAGCAAGAUUAAGAACUUUAAGAAUGGCCAAACGAGUAAUGGUCUGGGCGAAGACACCUUGGGCGGAGUUCUCAAAGGCGCGGUUGCACAAUAUCUAGCCCUGGAGAUGUCGCGUGGCAAUUCAAGGGACAACAAGGCUGUUUCCCGGUAUCUGCCUUGGUUGAACAACGCUCCAUCCUCACUUCAGCAAGGACCCAAGGAGUUCACAGAGUGCGUGGGUCACAUGCGCCUGUUGUCUUGGUUGCUACUUGGCUCCCUUACUCACAUGGCCCUAAUGCAGCGCCGACAGGAAACACACAGCAUACCAACACCCCUGCCGCCGCAGCCAGGACAAGGAACGGGUCCCACAGCCAGUGUUCACUACCAGCAUCAGGGAGUGACAUACUCACAGCCUGUGCCACAGGAAGCCUCCUGUCAUAUUGCCGAUCACAUUCAAGUGAUCUUUGCUGGAUUCGCGGAGCAGUCCAAGACCUCGGUUCUGCACAUGUCCUCGCUCUUCCAUGCAUUCACUCUCUGCCAGUUGUGGACAGUGUAUCUGGAGCAGAUGGCCCACAACACAAACAGCAAUGCGGAAGGGAGCACGUUGGGUGUGCUUUUUGAGUUCUGGGCUAAGGUUACGCCCUGCAUCCUACAAUUAGUGUCCCACGCCAAGCCGACAGUUAACAAGGAUCAGCCGCAGACUCCCUUAGAUUUUCAGACGCAGAGUGCCAACUCCAAGCUUUCUGAGAUGGUCAAUCUGCACUUCCUUAGCCUUCUGGAGGCUCUGAAGGACACGAAUUCAACAGUUCUAGGAAAGUUGCUGCCCAUGUGGAGCCCCGUUUUAUCAUCGCAGACUCAACUCUCGGACACUUUGCACGUCCGGUUGCAAAACGUGAGGGACUAUGCACCGGACUACGAGGAGCAGCAGGCCUUUAAGUCGGAGGCUCUUCUCAAGUGGCUACAGCGACUGCAAUUUAAGAUGGGCCAAAUUGAGUUACAGGCCUCCACCGCAACGCAGUUUUACUCAAUCUAAAUAUCACACACAUAGUGA